AUGGCGUUCGUAAUCUCUCUCUUCUUCAUCUUUGUCGGUGUUGCCGCCAUAAUCUUUAUUCAUCUUUGCAUCGCCGGCGGCGCUCUCCGGCACCGUCACCGCCGUAACGAACGACGACCCAUUUCAGGAAACGGGGAUUUAUCAUCUGGGUAUUCAUUAGAAUUGCUUAAAACUCUUCCGAAAUCGAGAUUCAAAGGUUCUGAAGUUUGUGCGAUUUGUUUGGAUAAUCUUUUGGAGGGUGAAAUUUGCCGGGUUUUACCCGGUUGUAAUCAUGUUUUUCACUUGAAUUGUGUUGAUGAAUGGAUUUUGAAGUCGCCCGUUUGUCCUGAUAAGCAAUAUGUGGCAUCAAGUAAGCUUUAUAUGUCUGUUAUAGCUAUGUUACUGUUGAAUGCUGAAAGAAGUCUCGUUCUGAGGCUGUCAUGCUUUGACGAACAGAGCAUGGCUUCACAGCGCAUUGCAUUUUGA